AUUUCAUACUUAUUAUUAGUUAGGUUAGUCUAUUUGCUUCUAGGGUUUGGUUUUCGGUUUGGUGCGUGGGUAGUUUUAGUUUGUGGUGUUAGACUAAUAUUGUCUGAAAUUGGGUCUGUACUGAACUUUUAUGUACUAAUGAGAGAGUGGGUAGGUAUAGAUAGUAUGUCUUUUAUUAUGGUUGUAUUGAGAGUUUUAGUUUUUAUAAUUAGGUUGGUUAGUAGGUAUAAGGACGUAAAAAUUAAUAAGGGAGAAAAGGAAGUCAAUGGAAUUAGUGCUGUUGAAGCUAUUAACAUUAUUGUUUUUGGGAGUAUUAUGUUUUUUAGGGUUAUCAGGUGAAUAGAUUUUUAUUUUUUUUUUGAAUUUUCUUUAAUUCCUACAUUUUUUUUGAUCUUAAAAUGAGGUUAUCAACCUGAGCGGUUGCAGGCGGGUGUAUUAAUGCUUCUUUAUACUGUUUCAGCUUCAGUUCCACUUAUAAUUGGAUUAUUGAGGUUAUGGUGGGAUUUAGGGAGGGAUAAUAUGCUUCUAGUUAAGAUAAAUGGAAGGUGUUUAUUUCAUUAUUCAGAUUGAGUUUGAAUUGUUCUUUUCUUGGGUUUUUUGGUAAAACUUCCUAUUUAUGGUGUUCAUGGGUGGUUGCCUAAAGCCCAUGUUGAGGCUCCUUUGAGGGGAUCAAUGUUAUUAGCUGGAGUUUUAUUGAAGUUUGGUGGUUAUGGGUUGAUUCGAUUUAUUUGGUUUUUCAAGUGAAGUAUAUCUGAAUUAAUUUUAUUUCUGUUAGCUUUAACUUUAUGGGGAGGUGUACUUAGAAGUUGUAUUUGUGUAUGUCAAAGAGAUUUGAAAUCAUUAAUUGCUUAUUCUUCUAUUGGACAUAUGGCUAUAAGUUUAGGUGGUCUUUUAAGAUUUUAUCCUUUGGGAAAAAUAGCUUGUGUUUGUUUAUUAUUUGCUCAUGGUUUGUGUUCGCCAAUUUUGUUUUCUUUGUCAGCUAGUACUUAUGAUUUUGUGGGAUCUCGAAAUGUAAUUUUGAGAAAAGGGAUAUUACGCAGUUUCCCUAUUUUUAGGGCAUAUUGAUUUAUUUUUUGUGUAGUUAAUAUGGGGUUUCCUCCGUCUCUAAAUUUUAUUAGAGAGGUUUUUUGCGUAGGAAGGAUACUAUGACUAAGGGUUAUUUUUUGUGUGUUAGGUGGAAUCAUGUGCUUUAUGGCUGGAUGUUAUUGUUUAGUUCUUUACUCUUUAGUAAAUCAUGGGGGUGUGAGAAAUAUAAUUAAUUCUAAUUUUGGAAUAAGAGGUCGUUAUUUAAGUAGCUGUAUUUUUAUUAGAAUUAUUUUAUUAGUUGGGUUUUUGUUUAUAGAUUAUUUUUUUGUUUAA